AUGCCACCAAAGAAGAAUGUUGUUGAGGAGAAGACUGUUCUAAUAGGUCGUGUUGGUACUAAUCUUAAAAUGGGAAUAUUGGGCUUACCAAAUGUUGGAAAAUCAACCUUUUUUAAUGUUUUAACUAAAUCUGAAGCUCAGGCAGAGAAUUAUCCAUUCUGUACUAUUGAUCCAAAUGAAAGUCGUGUAGCUGUUGCAGAUGAGAGAUUUGAUUGGUUAGUAGAUUUUUAUAAACCAGCUUCAAAAGUACCUGCUUUUUUAAAUGUAACUGAUAUUGCAGGAUUGGUAAAAGGUGCUUCUGAAGGUCAAGGAUUAGGUAAUGCUUUUCUUUCUCAUGUUUCUGCAUGUGAAGCUCUCUUCCAUGUAUGUCGUGCAUUUGAGGAUGAAGAUGUUACUCAUGUUGAAGGUGACGUUAACCCCGUUAGAGAUUUAGAAAUUAUAAACAAUGAAUUACGUUUAAAAGAUCUUAAUUUUCUUGAACCUGCUUUAAAGAAAGUUGAAACUUUAGCAAUAAGAGCUAAUGAUAAAACAAAAAAAGUUGAAUAUGAUACUUUACUUAGAGUAAAAGAAGUUCUUGAAUCUGGAAAACCUGUAAGAUCAGCAACAUGGAAUGAAAAAGAAAUUGAAGUUUUAAAUAAAUAUCUUUUCCUUACUGCAAAACCAAUCGUUUACCUUGUUAAUUUAACAGAAACCGACUACAUUCGUAAAAAAAAUAAAUGGUUAGCUAAGAUCAAAGCUUUUAUUGAUGAAACAGAUCCUGGUGCUACAAUAAUACCUUUCUCAGGAGCAUUUGAAUUAAAAAAUAUUGAAAUGAAUCCUGAUGAAAGAGAAGCAUGGUAUAAAGAGGUUGGAGCAACAUCAAAUUUAGAUAAAAUUGUCAAAAUAGGUUAUAAAGCUCUUCAAUUAGAGUAUUUCUUUACUGCUGGAAAAGAUGAGGUUAAGGCUUGGACAAUUCAGAAGGGAACAAAAGCUCCACAGGCUGCUGGGCGUAUUCAUACUGAUUUUGAAAAAGGAUUUAUUAUGGCUGAAGUUAUGAAGGUAGCUGAUUUAAUGGAAUUAAAAAGUGAAAAUGCUGUUAAAGCAGCAGGAAAAUAUCGUCAACAAGGAAAGACAUAUGUUGUCGAAGAUGGAGAUAUUAUUCUUUUUAAAUUUAAUGCUGGAGCUGGAUUAACUGCUGGAAAGAAAAAAUAA